AUGGAUGUUCUGGCUUUAGAGGCGAAGGGAGUAAAGUCUGAGUCAGGUUCUGCACCUGCACCUAAACCCAGAUCCAAACAACCCAAAAAACCUAAACGAAUUGUUUACUUUGAGGUGGAGAUAGUGGACGCCAAGACCAGGGAGAAGCUGUUGCUGCUGGAUAAGGUAGAACCAUCUGCUACUAUUUUAGACAUUAAGUCCAUGUUUCACAAAUCAAAUCAGCGCUGGUAUCCUGCCAGACAGUCCCUGUGCCUGGACCCGAAGGGAAAACCCUUGAAGGAUGAAGAAGUCCUCCAACAGCUUCCUGUAGGAACCACAGCGACCUUCUACUUUAAGGAUCUGGGAGCACAGAUAAGCUGGGGAACUGUGUUCCUUGCUGAAUGCGUCGGGCCACUCAUCAUCUAUCUGAUGUUUUACUUCAGGUUGCCCUUUAUUUAUGCCCCUAAGUAUGACUUCACAACCAGCAAGCACUGGGUCGUUCAUAUAGCGGGUUUGUGUCACACCUUUCAUUAUGCAAAGCGGAUCCUGGAAACUUUGUUUGUGCAUCGGUUUUGCCACGGCACCAUGCCACUGCGCAACAUUUUUAAGAACUGUUCAUACUACUGGUGCUUUGCGGCAUGGAUGGCCUACUACAUAAAUCAUCCACUUUACACACCGCCAUACUAUGGUGAGCAACAAGUAAAUACGGCGCUUGGAAUAUUUCUGUUCUGCCAGCUGGGAAACUUCUCCAUCCACAUUGCUCUGCGUAAUCUCAAACCUCCCGGUUCUAAGAUCAAGAAGUUCCCGUAUCCAACCCUCUGGAACCCUUUUACAUGGAUCUUUACAGUUGUCUCAUGCCCAAAUUACACAUAUGAGGUGGGCUCCUGGCUGGGCUUCACCGUGAUGACGCAGUGUGUUCCUGUUGCCUUCUUCACCGUCAUUGGUUUUGUGCAGAUGACUGUGUGGGCCAGAGGCAAACAUCGCAGCUACCUGAAGGAAUUCAAAGAGUACCCGACCCUGCGCUCACCUAUCCUGCCAUUCAUCCUGUAGCCUAACAAACAUACAAACACAAGCAUAUAAAGCAAAAAAAAUACUCUGCGGAGCCUGUAUGUAUUAAAUUGAUUGGUUGUCUGAUUAUAAAAAAAAAAAAGUGGAAUAUUUUGUAAAAUGCAAUAAAAAAGAAUCCAUGAUUUGCUAA